UGGCCGACGGCUUUCACGUGCACGGAGGUGAGCUCGGUCCCCUUUGGCUGGGAGUCGGACAGGAAACUCCGGAAUGAGGGGGCGAGCUGCUCCGAGCCAGGCCGAAGAUUGCCGAACGCGCUUCUAGUCAACACCGCUGCUGGGCUACGCUGGAGAACGGUCUAGUUAGAUGCAUGAUGUUUUUUAAAUUAGCUAAACUGCAAAGCAGAAUGCGAAUACUUUAGUUAGAUGUCGAACUAGCGACAUAUAAUACAUUUUAAAUAACAUAAAAGAUAGCGAUUGGAUAGUUGUUUAUUAUACUAGGUUGAUGGUUAACGACCAGAAAAUAAAACGAAAACUAGAUAUGGUUUUUUAUCAAGAAUGACGAAUUAUCUGUAUGAUUUGGAGUGCCGUACAGAAGAAUAGCAAAUAGGAAUUGGGAAUAGUACUAAGGAUAGUAUUGCGAAUUGCAUAAUAUCUUGCCACUUCGCGUUUACUUUAGAAGAUUUGCUCGCUCAUUCCCAAGGGUAAAGGCUGACCAGGUAUUCGCCGGCUGCACGAAAUUGCGCAACUGAAGCAUCACAAAUAAAUGAAUAAAUCUGUCUUUGCGUGCUAAAGAGGCACGAGGCAGCGCAGCAACUCAGGUCCGGGAGGGAAACUGAACUGUGUCACCGGGAUUAGAGUCGGCCGUUUUAAUCAAUUAACGUUGUUUUCAUCGCAGAUAUUCUAAAGUCGUCACUUAAGACCGAAAAAGGAGGGUAAAGCUGUCUUGGUGUCGGUCUUGAGGAAAUGUCCUUAAAAAAAGAAUGCAUCUUGACGGCAGCAGAAGCAGCGGCGGUGCCGGUGACUCGAUGCCCAGCAGCGCUCCCCUCUGCUCUUGCGGACGCAUCUUACCCCCCAUCUGCUCCGGACUGGUUAUAGCUAUACUUUUCCAGUUUAUAGAUGGGGGGCUGACAGUGACAUCUCUUUUUCUCAAGCUUUUCGUUUAUGUGUCAUUCGCACUGCUGUGUUUAUUCGCGGGGGGCGUCUGGUUCUUGGCCAAGAGCAGCCCUCCGAAAAUUAACACCUUUGACACUUGGAAGAGUCACUCGACGCACUUGUUGGACUUAUUAAGUAAAUUAAUGAGACGUCUUACCAUGCAGCUGUCAGAGCCUGUGCCAACACGGAGAGCUGUGAUAUCACACAAUGUGGAUAAAGCCCUCAAAGAAGUGUUUGACUACAGCUACAGGGAUUAUAUCCUGCUUUGGUAUGCACCGCUGAGCCAGGACCAGGAACAACUGUACCAGAUACUUUCUGAGGACUUCUGGGAAAUGACCAGGCAGCUGAGGAAUCGCGUAGCUGACAUCGACAUGGUCAAUGUGGUGUGCAACGACACCGUGAAGGCCCUACAUGCCCACGUCUGUGACCUCAAAGCUGCUAACACCAGGCAGACGGAGUCACCCACGGCCUUCAGCCUGCACCCAUGCCUGCAAAGCCCUGAGGACGAGCUGCAUUUCCUGCGCUGCUGCUCCCGCGUACUCCUGCUGUUCCUGCUGCCCGCGCGUGAUGUCCGCUCCUUCAGCCUGCGCCUAGUGCUGGUCGAGGUCCUCGCCACCAAAGUGCUCAAGCCCUUGGUGGAGGUGCUCAGUGACCCAGAUUACAUCAACCGCAUGCUGCUGGCCCAGUUGGAACUCCGCGAGCAGCUCAGCGAGCACCACAAGAAGGCCUAUACGUAUGCACCCUCGUACGAGGAAUUCAUCAAGCUCAUCAGCGGCAGCUCUGACAUCGACUUCCUCAAGCAGCUGAGGUACCAGAUUGUUGUUGAAAUCAUACAGGCAACAACCAUCAGCAACCUUCCACAGCUGAAGAAGCAGAAGGACAGCAAGGGGAAGGAGACGGCAGCCAUGAAGGCAGACUUGCUAAGAGCGCGCAACAUGAAACGCUACAUCAACCAGCUCACAGUGGCCAAGAAGCAGUGCGAGAAAAGGAUCCGUCUGCUUGGCGGCCCCAACUAUGAGGCUCAGGAAGAUGGGGCAGCUGAAGAAGGCGAUGGACCUCAGAGCCAGAGAAUCUACCAGUUUGAAGAGAUCAUGUCCAACUCCAUGUUCCGGGAGCACUUCCGUAUGUACAUGGAGAGGGUGGACAAGAGAGCCCUCAUUUGCUUCUGGGAGCAAGUGGAGAUGCUAAAGGGCGCCAACAAGACUGAAGUGCCUCAGCUGGUGGGGGAGAUCUACCAGAACUACUUUGUGGAGAGCAGGGACAUCCCUGUGGAGAAGGCCCUGUACAAGGAGAUCCAGCAGACAAUAGUGGGCAACAAGGGUACGGACGUGUUCCACAAGAUCCAGGCCGGGGUCUAUGAGACCAUGAAGGAGCGCUACUACCCGUCCUUCCUGGUGAGCGACCUGUACGAGCGGCUGGUGAAGCGCGAGGAGCAGUACUCCAACUCGCACUCCAGCGGUGAGGACAAGGACGAGAUGUGUCAGGCCAUCGAGACCGGCGAGGAGGCGCUGGACGAGGGAAGCAAGGGCAUCAACGAGCAGGCCAGUUACGCGGCCAGCAAACUGCGGCAGCUCUGCGAGAAGCUGGAGUAUAAGAGGCAGGCCCUAGGGUCCAUCCAGAACGCGCCCAAGCCUGACAAAAAGAUUGUGGCCAAGCUGAAGGAGGAGAUCGGCGCCAUGGAGAAAGAGCACAGUGACCUGAAGCUACACAUCUCCCGCACAGACUGGUGGUGCGAGAACUUAGGCGCAUGGAGGGCCCUCAUCAUCGGGGCAGAGGCCGUGGAGGAGAACGGGGAGCAGAUGCCGUGCUACACAGUGUCAGUGAGCCUGCAGGACGGCAGCAGCGCCGACUCGGUCAACAGCCGCUGGACGGUGACCAGGAAGCUGAGCGAAUUCCAGGUGCUGCACAGGAAGCUGCUGGAGUGUUUCCCAUCACUGAAGAAAAUCCAGCUGCCCUCUCUAAGCAAACUGCCAUUUAAAUCUGUGGACCAGAAGUUCCUGGACAAGUCCAAGAGCCAGCUUAACCCUUUCUUACAGAAAAUGCUGAGCGACGAGCGCAUGUGCCAGAGCGAGGCCCUCUAUGCCUUCCUUAGCCCCUCCCCAGAGCACCUCAAGGUCAUUGACAUCCAGAAGAAGCCCUCCUUCUCUUUGGCCUCCUUCCUGGAGAAGCUGCCUGGAGACUUCUUCUCCCAUCAGGAGGAGGAGACAGACGACGACAGCGACCUGUCGGACUACGGGGAUGAGCUUGACGGGAAAAAGGACGCUUUGGCGGAGCCCUUCUUUAUGCUCGUUGGCGAGAUCUUUGAACUCCGCGGCAUGUUUAAAUGGGUCCGGAAGACACUAAUUGCACUAGUCCAAGUGACCUUUGGACGGACGAUAAACAAGCAGAUUCGAGACACUGUCAGUUGGAUAUUCAGUGAGCAGAUGCUUGUGUAUUACAUCACUAUUUUCCGGGAUGCCUUCUGGCCCAAUGGGAAGCUGGCUCCCCAUAGCAAAGCCCGGUCAGACUCAGAGCGAAGGGCAACCAAAGAGAGAGCCCAGCAGAAACUGCUGGAAAACAUCCCAGAUGCACUUCAAAGCCUGGUUGGACAACAGAAUGCCAGGUAUGGGAUCAUCAAAAUCUUCAAUGCUCUUCAGGAGACCAAAGCCAACAAGCAUCUUCUCUAUGUCCUGUUGGAAAUCAUCGUGAAAGAACUGUGUCCUGAGCUGAAGGAAGAGUUGAGCCAGAUCUGACCGUUUGCACAAUCUGAAUGAGACACUCAGCAAGACCGAUACAGCGACUUGGGCUCUUUGCGAACAGGAAAAAGUGAUGAGCUUCCAUUAUCCUUCGGGGCGUCGUCUGAACUUGCUUAUUCAGUACCCUGAAACAAAGGGGUGGCGUUUUGGUGCACCAGAGUUUUUCCGUUUACAGUUGUUUCUCCACCCCCCCCCUCCGCCCCACGCCCCCAAUCCACUGGUAAGAUAUUGAAGAACUGGCUUAACUGCCACUAUCCAGUGCUGUCAGCCAGAACCGGUUUUGCUUUUGCUGGAUAUACUUUAUCUAUUGUGAAUAGUUGUGAAAUGAUGAGUGUUGUACUGUAAUGAAGUGUAAACAAACCCCUCAAUGGGGUCUCACCUUGUUUAUUGUGACCAUUAAAAGAAAGCUUUACUGUGCAAUACUUAAUGUUAAAUUGUGACCUAUUUUAUUGUUGAUAUAGGAUUUUUUUAUUUAAGUUAUACAUUUAUAAGCAAUAAAUAGCAAAACCAUA